GCCAAACAUCGACGAAAAUGUCUGGAAGAGGAAAGGGAGGUAAAGGUUUGGGGAAAGGAGGCGCAAAACGUCACCGUAAAGUUCUCCGUGAUAACAUCCAGGGAAUCACGAAGCCUGCUAUCCGUCGUCUGGCUCGCCGUGGUGGAGUCAAGCGUAUCUCCGGUUUGAUCUACGAGGAGACUCGCGGUGUGCUCAAAGUGUUCCUUGAGAACGUCAUUCGUGAUGCCGUCACCUACACCGAGCACGCCAAGAGGAAGACUGUGACUGCCAUGGAUGUGGUGUACGCCCUCAAGAGACAAGGACGCACUCUCUACGCCCCGCCAUGUCUCUCAUUGUCUUCGUUGCAAGUCACAAUGGCUAGAACCAAGCAGACAGCCCGUAAGUCCACUGGCGGCAAAGCACCCAGGAAGCAGCUGGCCACUAAAGCUGCCCGUAAGAGCGCCCCUGCUACCGGCGGUGUGAAAAAGCCUCAUCGUUAUAGACCAGGUACCGUGGCUCUGAGAGAGAUCCGUCGCUACCAAAAGUCGACCGAGUUGCUCAUCCGCAAACUCCCCUUCCAGCGCCUCGUGAGAGAGAUUGCUCAAGACUUUAAGACAGACCUGCGCUUUCAGAGCUCGGCUGUCAUGGCUCUGCAAGAGGCCAGUGAGGCUUACCUGGUUGGCCUGUUUGAGGACACUAACCUCUGUGCCAUCCAUGCUAAGAGAGUUACCAUCAUGCCCAAAGAUAUUCAGCUGGCUCGCCGCAUCCGUGGAGAGAGGGCUUGAAUGUUCUCUUCCCAACC